GGGAGUGAGGGUGAGCAAGGGUGAGGGGUCGAAGUCGAAGUGUGCAUUAUUCCGGUGGUGAUUUGGAGCGAAAAGUCAGGAUUUUGUCUUCGGCGUCGUCAAAUUCGUUGACCGGUGCCUGUUAAUUCCCCACAGCUGUCAUACGGAACAAUACCGCGGUCGUCGUAGAUAGAACAGAGUCGCGGGUCAAAUCGAAACGAAACGAUUCGAGAGGAGCGAGCUGUUGGACCCGGCCUCGUCCUAACCGACCGACUGACCGAUCGUCUCAAUCGAUUCGUUUUCUAGACGCUCAUCAUCUACCUAUUUCCAGCAUGGAAGCUCUGAUACCUGUGAUAAACAAGCUGCAAGAUGUGUUUAAUACCGUCGGUGCUACUGCGUUACAAUUGCCGCAAAUCGUCGUCCUGGGUACGCAGAGCUCUGGAAAGUCAUCUGUAAUAGAGAGCCUGGUGGGGCGCUCUUUUCUACCUCGAGGGACUGGUAUUGUCACACGACGUCCAUUAAUAUUACAACUUAUAUAUACGCCAAAGGAUGAUCGAGAACAUAGAAGCGCGGAGAAUGGUACUUUGGACUUGGAGGAAUGGGGAAUGUUUCUGCACACAAAAAACAAAAUCUAUAAAGAUUUCGAUGAUAUUCGUGCAGAAAUUGAAGCUGAAACUGACAGAAUGGCUGGCGCAAACAAAGGCAUUUGUCCAGAACCGAUUAAUCUUAAAAUAUACUCAAAGUCAGUUGUUAAUCUGACACUCAUAGAUCUACCUGGUAUCACAAAGGUACCAGUCGGUGAUCAACCAGAGGACAUUGAGAGUCAGAUUCGUGAACUUGUAUUAAAAUACAUAUGUAGUCCUAAUUCUAUAAUCUUAGCAGUUGUCACUGCCAAUACUGAUAUGGCUACAAGUGAAAGUUUGAAGUUAAGUAAAGAUGUUGAUCCAGAUGGUAGACGAACGCUAGCUGUUGUUACAAAAUUAGAUCUCAUGGAUGCUGGAACCGAUGCCAUAGAUAUUUUAUGUGGUAGAGUCAUUCCAGUUAAACUAGGUAUUAUAGGAGUUGUUAAUCGUUCUCAGCAAGAUAUAAUGAAUAACAAGAGUAUUCAGGAAGCACUGAAAGAUGAGGCUACAUUCUUGCAACGGAAAUAUCCAACAUUGGCAAGCAGGAAUGGGACUCCUUACUUGGCAAAGACUCUCAAUCGUUUACUUAUGCAACAUAUCAGGGAUUGUUUACCAGAAUUGAAGAACAGAGUGAAUACAAUGAUCGCGCAAUAUCAAACUCUGCUCAAUUCUUAUGGCGGAGACGUCGAGGAUAAAAGCCAAACCUUGCUGCAAAUAAUCACGAAAUUUGCAAAUAGUUAUUGUGCUACGAUCGAAGGUACUUCUAGAAACAUAGAAACCACAGAGCUGUGUGGCGGCGCUCGUAUCUGCUAUAUAUUUCAUGAAACAUUUGGUAAAACACUUGAUUCAAUUAAUCCGCUGGCGGACCUCAGUAAAGUGGAUAUACUAACCGCUAUUCGCAAUGCAACCGGUCCGAGACCGGCUCUUUUCGUGCCAGAAGUUUCUUUUGAAUUGCUAGUCAAACGUCAAAUACGAAAGUUGGAAGAUCCUUCGUUACGAUGCGUAGAACUCGUGCACGAAGAAAUGCAAAGUAUAAUACAGCAUUGUGGCACUGAGGUGCAACAGGAGAUGCUGCGUUUCCCUAAACUACACGAACGUAUUGUCGAUGUUGUUACGCAGUUACUACGUAGACGGCUCCCACAUACCAAUUCAAUGGUAGAAAACUUGGUGGCGAUAGAAUUGGCGUAUAUUAACACUAAACAUCCCGAUUUUCAUAAAGAUGCAGCAUUUGUGUCAUCUUUAUUAAAGGAUACUGAUAUAGAUCACAUGAAACACAACAAACGAUUACCUUCAGCAUCUAGUACCAUAAUCACCAAUGACACAAUUGUAAAAAAAUCAGUCAAUAAUCAAGAUGAGAACUCUGUUUCUGAUCAGACUAAGGAACAGCAAGGACAGCAAAAUCACUGGCUGCUAAGUAACUUGUUACUCCAGGGCAGAACGGACUCGACUAGUUCGAUGGAUGGUUCUCCAAUCAGGAUGCGCGAAAAUAGUAAUUCCUCGCAUCCGAAUCCAGCGAUUGAAAUACAAAAGGCAUCUCCACAACAAAAACCAGUAAAUCUACUCCCUGCGGUGCCAAUGCAGACAUCCCGAAAGCUUAGCGAGCGUGAACAACGGGAUUGUGAUAUUAUCGAAAGACUCAUAAGAUCAUACUUUUAUAUUGUACGAAAGUCUAUUCAGGAUAGUGUACCAAAGGCUGUUAUGCAUUUUCUAGUCAACUAUGUAAAAGAUAAUUUACAAAGUGAACUUGUCACACAUUUGUAUAAAUCAGAUCAGGCUGAGGCCCUGUUAGUUGAAAGCGAGCACAUUGCUGUCAGACGUAAAGAAACAGCAGACAUGCUUAAGGCAUUAACUCAAGCCAAUCACAUUAUUAGUGAAAUUAGGGAGACGCAUAUGUGGUAAUCAACUGCCUAAACCACUGGAUCCUAGUUAAAUUUAGUGUGGUAUGGCAAUGCAAGCAAUUCCUGCCGAGAGCCGGUGCAUCUGUACUAAAGGAAAACGGCCGAUCGACAAUGAGUACAGUCCCCGGUCUGAUGUCUCUUGUAGCCACGAGGUGCCGGCCCCUAGCCCGGUCGAAACGCA